AUGGCCACCGUGAUUGAUGUUUCGAGCAGUCUGGGAGAGUAUAUGUUGAAAGGCUGGGUCUUGACAGACAAAAUAUGCUCGCAAUGCUCGCGGGUUCCUCUGAUGAGAUCCCCCGCCACGUCUGCCACGCAGAUCCACUUCUGUGUUAACUGCGACGCUGCGCCUGAAUCCUCUGGUAGCACUUCGGUAGUUCCUCCGGCAGCUCGGAACCCUCCGCCGACCUCCACUCAGCGCGGCAAAGUCCCAGUACCCACCUAUUCUCCGUCAAGCAAGUCAUACAGUAGCGCAGUUUCACGCGCAUCGACCCCUCCCACGGAAGUAUCCAACGCGCCAAGCUCUCCCCCUCUCAUGCCUGUCAUGGACACAGCAGAACUCCUCCGUCGCCGUCGGCAGUCAGAUCUUGCGUCUGCCGAGAUCGGGAAGCGCAUGCUCAAGGGCUGGGCCAUGCUCGCCGACGAGUGCCCCAACUCAGACUGCUACGGCAUCCCUCUAGUACGACCACCGAAAUCCGGCGCAUCUCUCGAUCCGAGGAAGGAAUGCGUGAUCUGCGCCGCUGUUUACGUCGACGAAAAGGAUGCCUUCGGACGGGGUCACCUAGUCCCAAUGCCACCACCCCCUUCUUCGGCAGAAACGUUCCAGGCACUCAGGCUUGCCAGCGAAGCUCGCCAGACUGCCGCUCCCGCGCAUACCACACGACCAAUGGCAAAAGAAGGCUUUGGGGCAGCCCCCCAACCGCAAUUAUCCGCAGGUGGCCGAGUCCCACAUAUGGGCACGCAGCCGAUAUCUAAAUCAGCCACCGCUUCGGCCCUCGAGGCGACCGCGCUAUCUCUCGAACGGACGCUACUUGUCCUCUCGGAGCGCAUGAAUGUCUGCUCAAGCGCGCUAUUAAUCGACCCCAUAUCCAUCGGCCAGACAGCGGAGGCAAUCACCAAGACCUCACAAGCAUUGACUCAGGUCAAGCAACUGCUUUGGAGCGAGACUCAAGCGCUCCAAGAUUGA